AUGAACAGCACCUUGAAGGAUGCCCAGGCCCCAAACCACCGUGAGUGCCUUCUGCCCUCGGUGGCUCGCACCCCCUCUGUCAUCCAGGUCACGCCAGCCAAGAAGAUAACCUUCCUCAAGCGAGGGGACCCCCGGUUUGCUGGGGUUCGCCUGGCUGUCAACCAGCGCACCUUCAAGACCUUUAGCGCCCUGAUGGAUGAGCUCUCUCAGCGCAUGCCUCUGUCCUUUGGGGUGCGCUCAGUCACCACGCCCCGGGGACUUCAUGGCCUCAGCACCCUGGAGCAGCUGGAAGAUGGGGGCUGCUACCUCUGCUCUGAUAAGAAACCCCCCAAGACCCCCAAUGGGCCAAGCCGGCCACAAGGGAGAAGCCCCUCUGGUCAUCAGUCUCGGGAUUUGGAAGGCCAGCGUGAGACACCAAGAACAUCCUCUUCCCGGAAGGGUCCUAAAGUCCCAAGGAAGAUAAAGUUGAUUAAGAAUGGGGACCCUAGAUUCCAGGGAACAGUGGUUCUCAGUCAUGGAAAUACUAGGAACCUGGCAGCCUUUGUCAGCAAAGCCUCAGAUGUUCUGCGCUUUCCUGUGAAGCAGGUGUAUACUGUCAGUGGGAAAAAGGUGGACUCUCUGCAGAGCCUGCUGCGCAGCCCCUCCAUCCUGGUGUGUGCUGGUAACGAGGCCUUCAGACCUCCAGCAAUGAAUGAGGCUGGGAAACACGGGACUGAGGUGUUGUCUGGGCCAACUUCAAGGAACAAAAUCGGGAGCUGGGGGCCCAAGGCCCAGCAGAGCGUGAUCCACUCGAGGUCCACGUCGGGCAGCAGGCCUCGGUGGUUUUCCUUGCUGUCAGAGAAGCCUGGUGUCAGUGACGCCCCCAGGUCCCUGCAUCGGGCCUGGGUGGGCCCUGCCCUUGACAGGCACCCUCAGGACACGUCUGCCCAGCCCCAGCCUGGCGCCUUGGUGGCCGGCGAUGACAUGGAGAAGAAGGUCCACGUGAACGAGGACGGCAGCCUGUCUGUGGAGAUGCGGGUCCGCUUCCACCUCCUCGGGGACGACAUGCUCCUGUGGUCCCGCAGGCUGGGGAGGGCAAGUGGCCUCACGGCAGCCGGGGGAGCAGAUCCUGGCCUUGGGGAGGCAGACGACGUCCGCUGUAUGUGGCAGGGCCACCCUUGGGGCUUUGUGGAGCCUGGGGCUCGGGGACAGCGACCCUGUGAGGCAGGAUGUGACACAGCCUUUGACCGAAGCUGCCAGCCAGGGCCCAGGUGUGAGAUCUGGACGAACCCUCUGUACGCCACCCAGGAUGAGGACCCAGCUUCUAGGAGUGGGGCUGGGCGGGCCCAGCACUCCUGCUGCAGGGGUCCCUGGAGCCCAGGGGCUGCUGGUGGGGACAGAAGCAGCCAGGACAGUGGCAGCCUGGCCUCCAGUGCCAGGUGCUUUGAAGGCUCUGAGCCGGACUCCUCCUGCUGCCCCAGAAGCCUGGAGGGCAGUGUGGGCAGUGUCAGCCUGCAUCAGGCCUCAGCAGCUGCUUCCCAGAGUCAGGCAGCAGGAGAGGGCCCAGGUGAGGGGCCCAGCUCAGAGCCGGAGGGAGCAGAGCCAGGCAGCCAGGACCAAUGCAGCUGCCUGACACCUGGGAACCAAGGCGUGGAAGGGGCUCUUUCGGACCCAUCUGCCAGGGCCAGGUCUUGUGCAGAGCCCAGAGAACGGGGUGAACAGCACCAGGGCUGUCUGGGCAAGUCAAGGGCCAGGGCACCCCAGCAGAAGGCCACCCAGGGAGACGGCUCCGGCUCUCCCACUCCAAGCCCCUCGUCCUUGAGGAAUGAGGGCCUACAGAAGUGUGGACAAGUCAGUGAGCACCACCAGGCCAGGAGUGGGUCUAUAACAAGACUGUCCCUGGCUCUGAGCCACCCCAGCUCUUGGGACACUGAGGGGGGCUCUCUCCCGCUUUCCGCCUAUGCCUCGGCCCAGCAGAGGAGCCCAGCUAGUGCCAUGUCUUCUCCCAAUGUCUCUGACCUUGACCAAGUGGCCCUGAGAGGCCAUCCUGGGAAGUGUUGCCAUUGCAGGGACACCUGCUGCCCCCUGGACUCACCUGCAACGCAGCAAGUGCCCAGGCCUCCUGACAGAGGAGGGGCCUGCGCACACAGCCCUGCGCUGCGGUCAGAGCGCUCGCCCAGCAACAGGAGACAGGCCUCCAGGGCCCUGAGGCCUCCCUCCUCAGGCUCCCUGCAUUCCCAGGACCUCCCAGGGGUCAGCAGUGCCACCAUCACCCCUGUAAGUAACUCUGACUGUGCUUCUAGUUUCUACCGCCCUGAUGCUCCCUCCGCUGCCCCCUCAGCUGACACCUGCCAAGGAGAAAAGGCAAGAGCCACCCCUGAGCCAGCCUCGUCCUUGGCUCUGCUGGUCAGACAGGCUGCUGGAGGGGAACCGAGAGCCCACCGAGGCUGCUGCUGCUCACAGAUCAGGACGCCUGGUAAAACGCGGGUGCUGUGGGGACCCCACUCUGAGGCCUGCUGGGUGUGCAGUGGGUACUGCCCCAUGCCCCCCAGGGGGCGGCCCUGUGCCAGGAAGCGGCCUUCUAGCAGCAGCAGCAGCAGUAGCAGCGAGCUCAGGGCUGACCAGGGGCCGGGCGGGGGUGAGCAGGGGCAGGGAAAGCUCCAGGUGGGGCGCUCACUGCCCAGGGCUGUGGACAGAACAGCCAGGGCUGCGAGGAGGAGCAGCCCCAGCGCUGGCACUGGACCCAGGGGGGUGUUUCGUGGUAGGAGCCCUGGUGGGGGCCACAGGAUUAAAGAGCAGGAGGAAGAGGGUAGCAUGAUGCCAGGUGCCCUGCCCCACACCUCGCCAGACGCCAUGGUCCGUGAAUGGCUGGACAACAUCCCAGAAGAGCCUGUUCUCAUGAAAUACGAGAUGAUAGAUGAGACCCCCAGUGUGGCCGGGGAUGGCUUGGAAGGCCCUGAGGAGGACCUGGGUGACCAACACUCUCUAGAGGGCCUAGGAGAGCUAGUUCAGGCUAGGCAACAGCCCCUGGAAGGGGAUGCGGGUGACAACCCAGAGCCAAUGACUGCUGAUGCUGGUUCCAGGUCAGGAGAUGGUCCUCCCCAAGUUGCAGCUACAGAUGGUGAUUUUGACACCCCCCUGGAGGCUGGAGCAGGUGAAAAGUUUGCCAUGUGCUGUGGGGUGACCCAGUGUGAGCUUCCUGGCAGGGUGUCUGCCUCCACUCAGAUCAUGAAGGCGCUGAUGGGCUCCAAGCAGGGCCGGCCCAGCAGCCUGCCUGAAGUGUCCAGUGUGGUGGCCAGGAGGCUCAGCCGCUCAGCCAGAGCCCUCAUCACCUGUCUCGCCAGGCUCCACCUCUUUGAUGAGGAUUUGGGGUCUCCAGGUGGCAAAGCGAGGUUCACCAACUCCCCUCGGUACCAGGAGCUGCUGAACAUCUCUCAGGCCCUGUGGCCAGGCUAUGGCCUCGACCAAGGCCAGCUAGACUCAGACCUCUGGGAACUGGCACCAUGCCAAGCUCUUCCAGGCCUAGGGUCCCAUGCUGUGACCGAGGACUUCACAGCAACGUCCUCCUCUGGUGUGGAUGUCAGCAGUGGCUCUGGCGGUUCUGGGGAGGGCAGCGGACCCUGUGCUGUGGACUGUACCCUAGUCCCUGAGAGGGUAGAGCUGCCCCUGGAAACCUCCUACCAGAGACCUGAUUCCAGAAGCUCAGAAAACCCAGAGGAUCUGGAAAAUCACCAGUCAAAUUGUUCCACUGUCUCUUCUAAGUCCCAAGCAAGUGCUUGUGCCUCCAGUGAGGAAGAAGGAGAGAGAGAUGGCGGGGAGCAGAUGCUGGACAAUAACUUAGAACCCCCACAGAUGCUGGAUGAAAACCUGGAACCCUCCCAGGUGUUGGAUGAUAACUUGGAAUCCUUCCAGGUGUUGGAAAAUAACCUAGAACCCCCCCAGGUGUUGGAUGAUAACCUGGAAUCCCCCCAGGUAUUGGAAGAUAACCAGGAAUCCUCCCAGGUGUUGGAUAAUAACCCAGAAUCUUCCCAGGUGUUGGACGAUAACCUGGAAUCCUCCCAAGUGUUGGAUGAUAACCCGGAAUCCUCCCAGGUAUUGGACGAUAACCAAGAAUCCUCCCAGGUGCUGGACGAUAACCAGGAAUCCUCCCAGGUGUUGGACGAUAACCCGGAAUCCUCCCAGGUGUUGGACGAUAACCACGAAUCCCCCCAGGUGUUGGACGAUAACCUGGAAUCCUCCCAAGUGUUGGAUGAUAACCCGGAAUCCUCCCAGGUAUUGGACGAUAACCUGGAAUCCUCCCAGGUGCUGGAUGAUAACCCGGAAUCCUCCCAGGUGUUGGAUGAUAACCCGGAAUCCCCCCAGAUGUUGGACGAUAACCCGGAAUCCUCUCAGUUGUUGGAGGAUAACCCAGAAUCUUCCCAGGUGUCGGACGAUAACCAGGAAUCCUCCCAGGUGUUGGACGAUAACCAAGAAUCUUCCCAGGUGUUGGACGAUAACCUGGAAUCCUCCCAGGUGUUGGACGAUAACCCGGAAUCCUCCCAGGUGUUGGACGAUAACCCAGAAUCCCCCCAGGUGUUGGACGAUAACCCGGAAUCCUCCCAGGUGUUGGAUGAUAACCCGGAAUCCCCCCAGAUGUUGGACGAUAACCCGGAAUCCUCUCAGUUGUUGGAGGAUAACCCAGAAUCUUCCCAGGUGUCGGACGAUAACCAGGAAUCCUCCCAGGUGUUGGACGAUAACCAAGAAUCUUCCCAGGUGUUGGACGAUAACCUGGAAUCCUCCCAGAUGUUGGAUGAUAACCUGGAAUCCUCCCAGAUAUUGGACAAUGAUCUGGAACAAUCAGUGGAAAACACAAUGCACGAAGAGGGGCUGACAUUAGAGGAAGCAAAAGAAGAAGGAGAAAAUGAAGAAUCGCAAGAAGAGGACUCCAAAGAGGAAGGGCCUCCAGAAGAGGGUGGAGUCAGUGGGGAGGAAUUGUCUGGGACUGGCUCUCUGGAUGGAGAGACCACAAGAGACGGUCAGGGUGUACAGGAAGAGGAAGCGGGAAGAGACUCCACCUGCUCAGGACUGUGUCCCCCAGAAAAGAGUGAGGAACCUGAACCCACAGAGGCCCCUAGUCAUCUCAGUGAUGGAGACACAAAUGCCAGUGAGAGUCAGAGCGGCCCCCAACUGGAGCCUGGUUUGGAAAAGCUCCCCAUGGCAGCUGUGAUGGGCCAGGAGCAAGGCCAGGCCAAGUCCGCCCAGGACGCUGGAGAGGAGGGCACAUCUCUGGCCUGCAGAGGGUCCCCGGAUGCUGACCUCAUCUGGGUGUCCAAGUUGCUGAAGAAGAUGGAGAAGGCCUUCAUGGCCCACCUCACCAGCGCCGUGGUCGAGCUCCGAGUCCGCUGGAGCCUGCAGGACAACCGCCUGCUGGACCAGAUGGUGGCCGAGUUGGAGCAGGCUGUAGGCCGGCGGCUCCAGGCCAGCACAGAGAAGGAGCUCCGGAAGGUCCAGAGCUGGGUGGAGAGAAAGGCUCUGGGGUCACCCAGGGGAGUACUCAGAGGGCAGGCGUCCCUGCAGACAGAACAGCGCAGGCGCCGCCUCCAGGGUCUGCGCAAUCUCUCGGCUUUUUCCGAGCAGACCCGAGGCCGUGAGCUCCUCUCCCUCAGCCUGGAGGAUGCACCAAGUCUCAGUGUAGCCCUGGGAAGUCAGCUGAGCUGGGAGGAUGAGGGGGAGGAGUUCUGUCCCUGCGAGACCUGUGUGAGGAAGAAGGUGGUCAUGGUGUCCCCGAAGGAUACAAUGGGGGCAGCCAGUGCACCAAUCAAAAAAGCCUUUGACCUGCAGCAAAUUCUGCAGAAGAAGAAAGAAGAAUUUGCCAAUGAGGAGGUGGCCCCUGAGGGGAGCAGGACAAAGCUACUGCAGGAGGAUCCCUCAUGCACCAGGGCUGACCAGGGAGCUGAGGGAGGGCUGGCGUCGGUCUCAGGCCCAGGCCCUGGGGUGAGUGGGGAAGAUGAGGAGGAGGGAUGUCAGAGACUCAGCAGAGAGGAAGAUCCUGACGGAGGGGAGGCAGAGGCAGCCAGCUACCAGGAGACAGAGGGAGGUGCUGCCUCUCACUACCAGGAGACAGAGGGAGGGGCUGCCUCUCAGCAGGGAGAAGAGAAAUCCCACACCAGCGCUGUCAGUUGCCUAGAGGAAGCAGAGGUGGAGGCGCAGGGCAAAAGCGAGGAAGAAGGAGCUGUGGACGAGGGCUCUGGGGAUGAGGACAACCUGGGGAGUGUGGCUGCGGGAGAAGAUGACCAAGCCCCAGAAGAGAGUGAUGGCGCCGAAGCUGUGGAGACCCAGGAAGCUGGAGGAGAAGAGCGGCCGGAGUCAGAAGGAGGAAAUGAAAGUGAGAAGGAAGACAGUCCUCCAGAUAGCCGAGGACACAGCCAGUCAGGUGAGGCUCCUGGGAACAGCAGCCUGGACCUAGAGGGGAGGUCCACACCACACCCUGGCCCAGGUGGAGACACCUCCCACCAAAGUCCAGACCCUGACACAGGCCCUUCCUCCCGUGCAUCAUCUCUGGGCCACUGCUCUCAGGUCUCUCAGAAAGACUCAGAAGAUCAUUCAAGUGUGAACAGGAGCACCGAAGAUGAGCCCAAGGAGGACCCACCUGCAGAGAGCAAAGCCCCUGGGAUGUAUCCAGAAAGCUCCACUUCUGAGCAAGAAGGCACCCCUUCUGGCCUUCAGACUCCCGAGCAAGGGGCAGAUGAAGGCUCUGACUUGCAAGACAAGAAAGCAGCUGCAAACCUCACCCUCACCAAAGCAGUGGGCAAGGCAGAGGGCUUUGACCAGGAUGACUUCGAUUUCUAG